GCUUUGUCAUUAUCAAUUAAACCACCAUUUAAGGCAGACGCACGAAAAUGCCCAAUUUCAAAGAUAAGGUGAUUAUCGUGACAGGCGCCAGCUCGGGCAUAGGUGCGGCCACCGCCGUGCACCUGGCCAGCCUUGGUGGUCUGCUCACAAUUGUUGGACGCAAUGUGGAUAAACUGAAAGAAACCGCCGACAAUAUUCUGGCUGUAGGUGGCGCUGCUGCGCUGCAACUGCAGGCGGACCUGGACAAGGAGGAGGAUGUGGAACGAAUUGUGGCAGCUACUCUGCAGAAAUUUGGCAAACUGGAUGUGCUGGUUAAUAAUGCUGGCAUUAUUGAGACGGGCACCAUUGAAAAUACAUCGUUGGCUCAAUACGAUCGCGUGAUGAACACCAAUGUGCGUUCCCUCUAUCAGUUGACCAUGUUGGCUUCCCCGGAGCUGAUCAAGACCAAGGGCAACAUUGUCAACGUAUCCAGUGCGUGUGGCCUACGCUCUUGUCCCGGUGUCCUGGCCUACAAUGUGUCCAAGUCGGCCGUUGAUCAGUUUACGCGCUGCGUCGCCUUGGAGCUUGCUACGAAGGGAGUUCGUGUGAACUCUGUGAAUCCUGGCGUCAUCGUCACGGAGCUGCAGAAGCGUGGCGGUCUCGAUGACGCUGCCUACGCCCAGUUUUUGGAGCGCACCAAGCAAACCCACGCUCUGGGUCGUCCCGGCGAUGUGAAGGAGGUGGCUGCUGCAAUUGCAUUCCUCGCCAGCGAUGAGGCAAGCUUCACGACGGGCGUCAAUUUCCCAGUGGACGGCGGUCGUCAUGUCAUGUGUCCACGUUGAGCUUGAGCUUUAGAUUGAGUAAAAACGGGGCGCUACUUUCAAUUUAAUAUUGAAUGGAGACAACUAGAAAAAAAAUAUUCAAUUUCUGUGC